AUGAGCGUGAACCCGCAUCUUCAAUAUCUACAACUGCUUGAGCAGUUUGGUCUGUCGCCCCAGAUGGCCCAGCUUCAGCUCCAGCAACAACAGCAGCUCCAACAACAGAGACAACAGCUUUUUAGCCAGCACAUCCAGCAACAACAACAGCAGCAGCAACAACAACAACAUGUUCCACACCAGUUGGGUAACCUGAUUGGAAACCUGAUUGGAAACCUGAUCGGGAAUCCAUCUCCAAGCCAGGUCAAUCCACUUUUGGCUGCUAUUAAUGGUCAUCAGGGCCAGAACCAAGGCCAGCAAACACAGCAGAGUAUGGGCGGCACCUCUAGUCUUCCCAAUCUUCCCAAUCUUCUGUCUUUGCCCAUGCAAUCUCUACAAUCGAUGCAGAAUGUUCAGAAUCUUCCGCCGUCUCAAACCAUGAAUAUGCUCCAGUCUCAGAUCCAGUCUCAGCCCCAGCCCCAGCAACCUCAGAUGCCGUUGAUCAAGGAGGUUUGGGCUAGUAACUUGGAACAUGAGUUUCUGUUGCUUCGUUCGUUCACCAACGACAAGUCUUCCACUGUCUAUAUUGCCAUGCAUCAAGAAAUACCAGGUAUCGUUGCAAGACCUAUAGGUACUUUCAAGUCAUCUUCCGAUUACCAUUUCCAAACAUUGAGAUCCAACUCGGACUUGUUGAACUUGAUCAAGUUGUCGUUGUGUGUAACCAAGGUCAAUGGCCAUGAGUUCACUACAUCGGUGAUUUGGCAGUUCAACUUUGCCUACGACCUUUCCAAGGAAAUGUACAACGAGGAGCAUUUGUCGAUGCUCGCCCAGGGGUCGCUGGUUAACCUCCAAAUGCACAUGACACAGGGUAUUCCUCAUUUUUCUUUCGCAGAGUUGAUGAUUGAAUCGGGAUUGCUUUUGGACACAUCGGUUAAUUGGAUCAGCUACCACGCCGGUUAUGACUUGGGCUAUUUGGUCAGCUUGUUGUCCAACGAUAUGCUUCCCGUUGACGAGAAAGACUUCUUUUGGUGGUGCUCCAAAUACUUUCCCAAAUUCUACGAUUUGAAGUUUAUUGGCUCCAACAUAAAUACAAAGUCUAUUAAUGGAAACUUGGCCGACAACUCCAACGAAAAGAAUGGCUCCAAGAACAAACCUUCAAUUGAGUUUUUGGCUGAAGAACUUCACUUGUGGCCUAUCUCUCCAUUAGUGAGACAAUACUUUGCGUCGGCUUCCCAGACACCAUACUCAGCACAGCAGAAUCAACAGAUGUCAUCAUCUUUGCAAGCGUUUUUAUCUAUGGAAUGCUUCAAGGAAAUCUUGAGAAGAUCUGGCUUUGAUGCGACCAGUUUAGACCGAUUUAAAGGAAUGAUUUGGGGUCUUGGUACAGUCCACAAUCCCUCAUCUGCAGAUACCGAGUUUAGCGAUUUACAACUUAAUGGGUCUCGAUUUACAACUUAA